GAAACAACUGUCACUGUGGAAGAAAUGCCGGUUGAGGAAGAGCAGCCUGAAGAAAUCAAGGAGCUUCCUGAGGAGGUCCGUGUUGUUGAAACUAUCACCGAGGACGGCAAGCCCAAGAAAAAGAAGAUCCGAACUCGCGUUAUCAAGAAGGUCAAGGGAGACAAACAAGAAGUCACCAAGAUUGAAACCAUCGAGGAGGAUGAUAAACAACCCGAAACAACUGUCACUGUGGAAGAAAUGCCGGUUGAGGAAGAGCAGCCUGAAGAAAUCAAGGAGCUUCCUGAGGAGGUCCGUGUUGUUGAAACUAUCACCGAGGACGGCACGCCCAAGAAGAAGAAGAUCCGAACUCGCGUUAUCAAGAAGGUCAAGGGAGACAAACAAGAAGUCACCAAGAUUGAAACCGUCGAGGAGGAUGAUAAACAACCCGAGACAACUGUCACUGUGGAAGAAAUCCCGGUUGAGGAAGAGCAGCCAGAAGAAAUCAAGGAGCUUCCUGAGGAGGUCCGUGUGGUUGAAACUAUCACCGAGGACGGCAAGCCCAAGAAAAAGAAGAUCCGAACUCGCGUUAUCAAGAAGGUCAAGGGAGACAAACAAGAAGUCACCAAGAUUGAAACCGUCGAGGAGGAUGAUAAACAACCCGAGACAACUGUCACUGUGGAAGAAAUCCCGGUUGAGGAAGAGCAGCCAGAAGAAAUCAAGGAGCUUCCUGAGGAGGUUCGUGUGGUUGAAACUAUCACCGAGGACGGCAAGCCCAAGAAAAAGAAGAUCCGAACUCGCGUUAUCAAGAAGGUCAAGGGAGACAAACAAGAAGUCACCAAGAUUGAAACCGUCGAGGAGGAUGAUAAACAACCCGAGACAACUGUCACUGUGGAAGAAAUCCCGGUUGAGGAAGAGCAGCCUGAAGAAAUCAAGGAGCUUCCUGAGGAGGUCCGUGUGGUUGAAACUAUUACCGAGGACGGCAAGCCCAAGAAGAAGAAGAUCCGAACUCGCGUUAUCAAGAAGGUCAAGGGAGACAAACAAGAAGUCACCAAGAUUGAAACCGUCGAGGAGGAUGAUAAACAACCCGAGACAACUGUCACUGUGGAAGAAGUUCCGGUAGAGGAAGAGCAGCCUGAAGAAAUCCAGGAGCUUCCUGAGGAGGUUCGUGUGGUUGAAACAAUCACUGAGGACGGCAAGCCCAAGAAAAAGAAGAUCCGAACUCGCGUUAUCAAGAAGGUCAAGGGAGACAAACAAGAAGUCACCAAGAUUGAAACCGUCGAGGAGGAUGAUAAACAACCCGAGACAACUGUCACUGUAGAAGAAAUCCCGGUUGAGGAAGAGCAGCCUGAAGAAAUCAAGGAGCUUCCUGAGGAGGUACUUGUGGUUGAAACUAUCACCGAGGACGGCAAGCCCAAGAAGAAGAAGAUCCGAACUCGCGUUAUCAAGAAGGUCAAGGGUGAUAAACAAGAAGUCACCAAGAUUGAAACCGUCGAGGAGGAUGAUAAACAGCCCGAGACAACUGUCACUGUGGAAGAAAUCCCGGUUGAGGAAGAGCAGCCUGAAGAAAUCAAGGAGCUUCCUGAGGAGGUCCGUGUUGUUGAAACUAUCACCGAGGACGGCAAGCCCAAGAAGAAGAAGAUCCGAACUCGCGUUAUCAAGAAGGUCAAGGGUGACAAACAAGAAGUCACCAAGAUUGAAACCGUCGAGGAGGAUGAUAAACAGCCCGAGACAACUGUCACUGUGGAAGAAAUCCCGGUUGAGGAAGAGCAGCCUGAAGAAAUCAAGGAGCUUCCUGAGGAGGUCCGUGUUGUUGAAACUAUCACCGAGGACGGCAAGCCCAAGAAGAAGAAGAUCCGAACUCGCGUUAUCAAGAAGGUCAAGGGUGAUAAACAAGAAGUCACCAAGAUUGAAACCGUCGAGGAGGAUGAUAAACAACCCGAGACAACUGUCACUGUGGAAGAAGUUCCGGUAGAGGAAGAGCAGCCUGAAGAAAUCAAGGAGCUUCCUGAGGAGGUUCGUGUUGUUGAAACUAUCACUGAGGACGGCAAGCCCAAGAAGAAGAAGAUCCGAACUCGCGUUAUCAAGAAGGUCAAGGGAGACAAACAAGAAGUCACCAAGAUUGAAACCAUCGAGGAGGAUGAUAAACAACCCGAGACAACUGUCACUGUGGAAGAAAUUCCGGUAGAAGAAGAGCAGCCUGAAGAAAUCAAGGAGCUUCCUGAGGAGGUACGUGUGGUUGAAACUAUUACCGAGGACGGCAAGCCCAAGAAGAAGAAGAUCCGAACUCGCGUUAUCAAGAAGGUCAAGGGAGACAAACAAGAAGUCACCAAGAUUGAAACCGUCGAGGAGGAUGAUAAACAACCCGAGACAACUGUCACUGUGGAAGAAGUUCCGGUAGAGGAAGAGCAGCCUGAAGAAAUUCAGGAGCUUCCUGAGGAGGUUCGUGUUGUUGAAACUAUCACCGAGGACGGCAAGCCCAAGAAGAAGAAGAUCCGAACUCGCGUUAUCAAGAAGGUCAAGGGUGACAAACAAGAAGUCACCAAGAUUGAAACUGUCGAGGAGGAUGAUAAACAACCCGAGACAACUGUCACUGUGGAAGAAAUCCCGGUUGAGGAAGAGCAGCCUGAAGAAAUCAAGGAGCUUCCUGAGGAGGUUCGUGUUGUUGAAACUAUCACUGAGGACGGCAAGCCCAAGAAGAAGAAGAUCCGAACUCGCGUUAUCAAGAAGGUCAAGGGAGACAAACAAGAAGUCACCAAGAUUGAAACCGUCGAGGAGGAUGAUAAACAACCCGAGACAACUGUCACUGUGGAAGAAGUUCCGGUUGAGGAAGAGCAGCCUGAAGAAAUCAAGGAGCUUCCUGAGGAGGUUCGUGUUGUUGAAACUAUCACCGAGGACGGCAAGCCCAAGAAGAAGAAGAUCCGAACUCGCGUUAUCAAGAAGGUCAAGGGAGACAAACAAGAAGUCAUCAAGAUUGAAACCAUCGAGGAGGAUGAUAAACAACCCGAGACAACUGUCACUGUGGAAGAAAUUCUGAGGAAGAUCAGCCUGAAGAAAUCAAGGAGCUUCCUGAGGAGGACAACUGUCACUGUGGAAGAAAUUCCGGUAGUGGAAGAGCAGCCUGAAGAAAUCAAGGAGCUUCCUGAGGAGGUUCGUGUGGUUGAAACUAUUACCGAGGACGGCACGCCCAAGAAGAAGAAGAUCCGAACUCGUGUUAUCAAGAAGGUCAAGGGGGACAAGCAAGAAGUCACCAAGAUAGAAACAGUUGAGGAAGACAACAAAAAACCCGAAACAACAGUAACAGUUGAAGAAACUGAGUUAGGUUCCGUUAAGCUGAAGAAAAGAGUUAUUGUUCAGAAACCCGAAGAUGAAAUAACGGUAUUUGAAUUGCCGGAGCAAAAAUCGGUUAUACUUUCUGAAAAGGAAGAUGGUACUCCAACCAAAACUGUUAUAAAAACCAAAAUCAAAAAGAUACAAGGCCCGAACAUGGAAGUGACAAAAGUGCAAACCGUGGAGGAAUAUGAGAAGACACCCCAAACAAAAGUAUCUGUUGAAAAGUUUGGGUUGCCCUUCCCGGAACUUCCAGAAGAAACGAUUUCUGAAGCUGUUAUUUUGCCUGAUGAAGUGUUCCAGUCUGAUACUGUUGAUGAAAAUGGACUUCCAAAAACAAUUAAAACUAAGAAGCGCAUUAUUAAAAAGCCUGUACUUGGUAAUACUGAAGAAGUUACUGAAAUUGAAAUUAUUGAACAAGACAAUACUGAGCCCAUUUAUUCAAUCUCAGUCAAAGAACAACCGUUAUCCGAUUUGAUGGUGGACGAAAGUAAAUCAGUUGAGCUGCCUGAACAUGUGACGGAGUUGGAAAUAGUUACACCCGAUGGGACAAAAAAGAAAAAGACCGUAAAGUCACGAGCUUUUAAGAAGAAUAUCGACGAUAAACUGGACGAAGUUACAACUGUUCACAUAAUAGAAGAGGAAGAUAAGGAGCCAGUUACUACAGUAAAAAUUGAGGUCGUACCUGCUGAUGAGAUCUCCAUUACGCCCAUACCAAUUGAAGAACUUCCGGAGGAAACAGUGUUCACUGAAGAAUUAGAUCAUAAUAAAAAACCAAAAAAGAAGACUACCAAAACACGAACGUUUAAAAAGCCAGGUCCGGAGAACGACGAAUAUUUCCAAAUUCAAACAAUUGAAGAAGAGGGAAAGGAACCCUACACCCUUAUACGAGUUGUGAGCGAUGAAAAUAUUGCUGAUAUUAUCGACAUAAGUAAACUUGACGAUGAAAAGGUUUUCAAACACAAACAAAAACCACACAAGCAGAAGGAGGAUGCACCAAGGGUCGAUAACACAGAAACGGAACACCCAGUUUACAUCACGACAUUUAAAUCUGUACAAAACGAAGAUGGAGUAACAACUAUACAAACUGAAAACAAACGAGUUUCUCAGGAGGAAGGCGUCGUUGUUGAGGAAGUUCUUAGUGAUUCAGACCUCAUUCCAGAAGACAAAACACAAUCACACCUCGAAAUUAUAGAAAUCGACGAGCCAACAGACCAAUACAACAAAGAGUACACAAUCACUGAACCUGAAGAGGCAAGUGCAGACGCCAUACAAAAACCGGCUAAAAACAAAAAACCUAAACAGAAAAAGACGCUUGAAACUUUAAUUAACGAGGACGACGAAACUAUUACUGAAGAACCGGUAACAGGGGAACUGACUGACAAGACAGCUAAAAAACAGAAGCCAGUAGGUGUAAAGGGUAAGGUUGAAGAGGUUAUUGAGGAUGAGAAAUCAGCUGAAAAGAAGGUAAAAACAAAGAAAAAGAAAAUCGUCAAGUCAAAACGGGAUGAAAUGGACGAAUACAUCCAAUUUCUUAUACACCAAGAAAUACCAAAGACUGUUCUACAAGGAUACAAACGUACGGAAAUGGAGCUUCCGCAAAGGGCACGACGUGAUUCGUCUUUUAAACAACCUGUUAAGCUUACACCUAUGAAAAUCGAGAAAGUUGAAAUCAAAAGGCCAAAAAUGGUUGAAAUAAGUUCGGUAACUGAAUUCCCACAGAUGCUAAAGCUUAAAGCUCCUAAGCAACGACCCCAAGAACAGAAAAAGAAAAAGGACGAAGCAUCAUUUAAAAACAAAAAACUCAAGAGCUGGAUCAGGUUUAUACCAUAUGCACCAUAUUGCUUCCCAUAUGUGGUCAAAGAAUUGGAAACAAAUCGCGACACCGGGGAACUUUCCCGCAAUGUUGAUGAAGCAGAAGAGGUUUUAAAAUUACGUCCAAGGAAAUUCAAGCACACGAAACCCGAAAAGGCAGAACUAGAAGAAGUUGAUCUUGAAGAACUCGAAUCUGAAAAAACCGUAUCGUCUGACGAGGACCGACCGAGGCCAAAGUACAAGCGCCCCAAAAAGGCUAAAGAAGAAUCUACUGAAGAAGCCAGAAUACUCAAGCUUGGAAAAGGCAAAAUUCCACAAAAUGUUGAGGAAGUUGAGGAAAUUAAUUUGAAACCGGUUAUUCUUGAUAGUACAGAGAAAAAGUUAAGGAACCAAAGAAGAAACGGAAGUUAGAGCUUAGGACGGACAAGGAAAAUAACAUUAUUGAAAUAACGGAGACCUCUCCCAAAGACGCAGAUGAACCAAUUUAUGAAGUCACUGUCACCAGUUCUGAAACCGACCAAGAUCA